AUGAAGGUUUUAGGAGAGCAGGCCGUCGCGGACCCGUCGAAGAUGGAGCGCAAGGUCAUGGAGCAGGUGACGAGCCGCCUCACGAAGCACGCCAUGCGCAACGCGGCCCGCAAGCUCACGCCCCAGGAGAAGAAGGAGAAGAAGCGGCGCAAGCUCGCGGAGGACACGUCCGCCGAGGUGUCGGUCGCGGUCUUCUACGUCGCGUCGCUCGAGUCGUCGCAGCACCGCUUCAAGAUCGACGUCAACGCCCAGCAGCUUUCGCUCACGGGCGGCGUCCUCAUCUGCUCCGCGCCCGACGCGUCCUUCGCGCUCGUCGUCGUCGAGGGCGGGCCCCGCGCGAUCAAGCGCUUCGCCGCGCUCGUGAACCGGCGCAUCGACUGGGCCGACGACGCCAAGCUCCAGGCCGAGACGACGGCCUUCGCGGGCGUCAACUGGGCCGCCCAGGUCUGGGCCGGCUCCGUCGUCAAGCGCGCGUUCACCGCGUUCCGCUUCCAGGAGUGCAAGUCGUCCCUCACCGCGCGCCGCGUCCUCGACGCCAAGGGCGUCGCCCACUACUGGGACAUGGUCCUCCAGGCCCACGAGGCCGGGCCCCCGCCCAAGGACGACGACGACGACGAGGACUAG